AUGGAUCUUCCAAGUAAGAAGAAGCCGAAGAAUUUAACUAGAAUUUCGGAUGGCGGGCAAUCUUUUCGUACAACUACUCCCAUUUGUUCGGAUAACAAGUCUGAUUCGAAGACUUUUAUUGAAUACGAUAAUGACGAAUCUUUGGAAAUCAAGGAAGAAAACAUCGAAGAUCAAGAGACUACAGGCGAAAAUCGUGAUGAAAAGCACGAAACGAAAUUCUGUGCCGUAUAUAUGGAAGAAGAUAAUAUUUGUUCUGCUGAAGAUAAACCGGAAAUGAAAUACAAAUGCGAAAAGUGUGGGCGAACCUAUAAAUCUGAAGCUAGUUUGCAUGCUCAUCAAACAAUCGACUGCACUAGCAUGCCACAAUACAAAUGUGAAUACUGCGGCAAACAAUUUAAACGAAAGUCUAACAUGAGUCGGCACGUGCGUGCUAUACAUCCUCGGGUAAAUAUAUUUGGUCUGGAUUUUGUCUUGAAUAAACGCUAAUUCAAGAAAAUUACAAGUUAUUCUAGAUUUCUAUCUAGUGAGGUCGAACCAGACUAUUCUCCAUGUCUUAAGACGAAUAUUUUCAACUUGAA